ACGUGACCACAAUGGGCGGUCCUCUGACUAUGUGGGGGAAAAAAAGCCAUUUUCUGGCGCUGCUGCAAAAUCUAACGUUAACCGACUCAAAAUAAUUUACCUGUAUCCACGUCGGGCGGUACUGGUGUUUUUCAUGUCAAAUCAGAUCCUUCCAGAUGGAUAAAAUGCAACCCAGUCGGCUAAAAAUCACAGAGCUGAAUCCUAACCUGAUAUGCCCACUGUGUGUGGGCUACUUCAUUGAUGCCACAACCAUCGUGGAGUGCUUGCACUCAUUCUGCAAGACGUGCAUUGUUGCCUUCCUGGAAACCAACAAGUUCUGCCCCAGAUGUGAUGUGCAAGUACACAAGACAUGUCCACAGCUCAGCAUCAGGUCAGACAAGACUCUACAGGACAUUGUAUACAAGCUGGUGCCUGGAUUAUUCAAAGAUGAGAUGAAACGAAGGCGGGACUUCUACACAAACCAGGAAAACCAACACCUGGAGCCAGGAGAAGUGGUGGAGGAGCCAACUAUUAUUGCAGAAGAUGAAAUCAUCAGUCUCUCCAUUCAGUUCCAUGAGAAGAACAAAAGUGACACACAACCUAUGAAUACAGAAGGAGACAAUACCAACAGCAAACGCUUCCUGCAAUGCCCGGCAGCCAUGACCGUCCUGCACUUAGCCAAGUUCCUGCGUAGCAAGAUGGACAUUCCAAACACCUUACGGAUUGAAGUGCUGUACGCUGAUGAGCCCUUAAAGGACUACUACACACUGAUGGAUAUUGCCUACAUGUAUUCUUGGCGACGUAAUGGCCCCCUCCCCCUGCAGUACUGGGUCAAGCCCACCCGGAAGCGUCGACGGCUGUCCCAAGGUGCCGCCCAGGCUCACUCCGACGGUGUCAACACAAGCCCCACCUCUGAGAGCGACUCCCACAGCGACAAGGCCCUGAGCCCGGCUGGUCAGGCCCCCAGAGCCUCCACCCUGCCCAGCCCUGCCCUCCGAGGCCAACCCUCUACCCUUCAGAGCCCCAGCGGUACCACAGGACCCAACGGUACUCAACGGCUCCCUCUAGCCUCCAAGUCAGGGAGCAACGCCCGCAAGGUGAAUGUCAACGGCAAAAGCAAUGGAGCGGCGACUGAGACUAGGGGAGGGGACAAAGGGGCUGUACCACCACCAACCUAAAUCUAAUACAUCCCAGAAACAUGGAGAGUGGAACGGAAUUGCCCCAAAAUGUCGGAGUAGCCCCUCAAUGGACCAAUGGACAGACAAGGAGAAAAUCUGCCAAGAGAGUACUAAGAGAGAGGGCGAUUGUGAUCAGCAAAAAGACUGUCAAGUGCAGCCAAAUAGACAUUUAAUUUCAAUGUGUGUGUGUGUGACUGUGUGUUAGAGUAAAACAUACAUACAAAAUGUACAAUAUGUAUCCAAUGUGAGCAUUCGUGCAUACCUGGUCAUGUAUAUAGAGUAUCUUUUAUACAGGAUAUUGUAAUUGUUUUGUAACUGUAUAAUAUGCAGUCGGUUCAACGAUUCCUUCCCCCAAUUCUUCAGAAUUAAUUUGGCUUUAAAAUAUCAAUUUUGACAAAAUGCUGAAUGGCAUUGCAAAGCCAAUGUCCAUAUAUAUAAAUAUGAACUAGAAAUAAAAAAGCAAGAUGUCUUCUUGCCGUCAGUCAUACUGUAUAUAAUAACUCUGGUGUAUGUAGAUAGAUGCAGUACUUUCUACUGGUAAUGGCCCCAAUCACCAAGGACAAUAGAUAUGUACGAAACGUUUGAUGCACUUUCUUUGAAAUGCAGAUCACAGUAUACGAGUACUGAACUUCCCUGUGCUUUGACAUUAGAAAGCCAUUAUUUAUCAAGCCCCAAGCAGCACUACAAUUGUCUGAAAAAACGUAGCUUACCGUACAUGUUUUUCAACAUUACAUACUGGUACCCGUUCUACUUACAGAGAAAUUAGCUCAAAGGGAAUUGUAUAUCUGACCAUGUACACCAUGUUGUAUUUUCAUACACUUUUGACAUUCCCUCAAUGUAUAUUUUGACCAUUCAAUGAUAUUAUUCUAAAAUAUCAGCCAUAUGUGCAUGUUUAGGUCAUUAAAAAGUUUACUUACUUGG